AGCAGCAGCAGCAGCAGCAGUAACAGCAGCCCAAGCAAAAGGGGGCGGGAGUGGGUUGGUGGGGAGGGGGGAAGGGGGGGGACAUCUACCCACCCUUUGCACAGUUUGCAUCCCAAGGGAGCUGCCUGCAAGCCUGGCCCCAUGUCUAAGUGAAUUGGUUGCCAGCCCGGCCUCUUGGUUUUAUGUUCUUUGUAAAGGGCAGGGAGCAGCCAUCCCAAACCAGCUGCGUAAAUGAGUAUGGAAGAUUAUGACUUUCUUUUCAAAAUAGUUUUAAUUGGGAAUGCUGGCGUGGGGAAGACCUGCUUAGUCCGACGGUUCACUCAGGGACUUUUUCCACCAGGCCAAGGAGCCACAAUUGGGGUUGACUUUAUGAUUAAGACAGUGGAGAUAAAUGGUGAAAAAGUCAAGCUGCAGAUCUGGGACACAGCAGGACAAGAGCGAUUCCGUUCCAUUACACAAAGUUACUAUCGCAGUGCAAACGCAUUGAUAUUGACCUAUGACAUAACUUGCGAAGAGUCAUUCCGAUGCCUCCCAGAGUGGCUACGGGAGAUAGAGCAAUACGCCAGUAAUAAGGUCAUAACCGUCCUAGUGGGGAAUAAGAUCGAUUUAGCAGAUAAAAGAGAAGUUUCCCAGCAAAGAGCUGAAGAAUUUUCUGAAGCCCAAGACAUGUACUAUCUGGAGACCUCGGCUAAAGAAUCUGAUAAUGUGGAAAAACUCUUUCUGGACUUGGCUUGCCGGCUGAUCAGUGAGGCCAGGCAAAACACACUUGUCAACAAUGUGGAAUCGCCAUUGCCAGGCGAAGGGAAAAGCAUCAGCUAUUUGACUUGCUGUAAUUUCAACUGAUACCUGUGGGUCAUGACUGUUUCUUCUUAGGAAGGCCCGUUUCAACCAAGGGGGUCCCUGCCACUGCGACCCAGCCUGCCUGGUGGAUGUAGUCCAGCUCCCAGUCUGAAGCAUGGCAGGCUGCCCGCUUCACCUGCGAGGGUGGUGCAGAAUAGACCUUGGUUUCAUCUUCAGUUAUGUUUUCAGUUUCACAGUAACAUGGAGGUUAGGAUUCAAGAAGGUGCUAGACAUUCGAUGGCCUCAGGACGUCGGGUCGCCGUUUUACUUCUUGGAAAUGACUUGGAAAGCUUCCUUUGGAAACGAUGAAUAAUGCAAGGUCUCUCUUGCAUGACUGGUUUUGGAUCUUUAAGUAAGGGAACUGCAGUGCACACGAAGCCAUCAGGCAGCUGGCCUGGGUUGCCAGCUCAGCAAACACCUGUACAUAGUGGCCCAGAUUGGUUUUUAGGGCACAACAAUGGAGCAAAGUGUGGGUGUGUGUUUCUUUUUUUGUUGUGUGUUAAUGUCUCCCAUGUUCAGACACUUUCAUUGACACGGAAGUCAAAAAUAGAAAUGCCAAACUUUGAAGGAAACGGGAGUGGAAAUUGGCUGUACCUGUUCUUUGGGUACUAAUAGUUUGGUGAACUAUUCCCCGGGCUUAUCUUAAUAUGCAGUCUGUUACUUUUCACUCUGUUCUGAACAUGCUGAGCAAAAAGUUCACUGAUAAGAACAGAUUGUGAACAAACCUUUUUCUGUUGGUACAAGCAAAUACAGCAGUCCUUUUAACCUGGGUACAUUUCAUGUGUAUUUAAGUGUUGGCAACUAGGAGAGAAUUGGCUUUGGCUAUUCAAGAGGGGAAUUAAGACCCCUCUCUGAAACUGAGCUGAUCAAAUAAGUAUUCCAAAGUCUGCAAUUAAAGUCAGCCUUUUCUUGUUCUUCUGCCGUAUAGUGAGGCUUCCAUUCCCAGUUCAUCUCUUGUGGAAGAGACCUAAUAAAGAGACUUUGCAGAAGUAGUCCCACUUUGAAGCUCUGGGUACUUGGAAAUUUGGCCAUCAUGCAUAGUUGUCUGUUUAAACUUUAAAGGAAUAUAUAGCAUUCAGGGCCAUGAGACCUGGGCUUGCCCUGAUAUAUAUACGUGUCCACUGUAAGCACAGGUGUGAUGUGCACUAAGGUUCACCAUCUGAAGGCUCUUCUUUUGGUAUUCAUUAGUGUCAAGAACCUGUCUGAGGAAAAUAUUGCAGGAGUAAAGCCCCAAGAUCAGUCCUGGCAAGCUACUCAAGUAACAGCACUUGUCAGCCAGUCUGUAAAGAAUCGACGCUGGGCGGUUUUCUAACUUGGCUGCAGCCCGCUUAGCAUUUGACUAGUCAGCUUGUGGUGGAAAGCAUUUCUCAUAAGGAAGGGAAUGCACAAUUUCAUAGGGUUUUUAUAAGUUUAGGAAUAAAAUGACAGUGCAUGCUCCGGAUUUAUUAGAGAUCUUUAUUCGGGCUGCGAUCCAUCUCGCAAAGCUGUAGCUCUGAGAAACGUCAGAUUGCCUUCCCUGUCAUGUACUUUGCUUGCAGGCUCCCGAUUGUAGCUCAUCUAAUUUGUCUGCUUUGCUGUCUUGGGCUCAAGUGUGCGUGUGUGUGUGCGUCUGUAACUGUUGGUUUGGGCAAUUCAUUUGAUCCAAAACCUCAACAUUGGAAACAGUAUGGGACGUGUCCUGCCCUCAUCUCCAACAUUACACCUCUAGUGCCAUGCUUGAAGAAAGUGUUGGAUUUUAAACACUUGACUUAAAGAGGAACCGACGGAGCAGACAUAACCAACUCUUUCUCAAAUAUUGGUGUCGAUGUGCUUUUACCCUGAAAGGAGGGGUGUGACUGUCUGGGUCACUGUGGGCCCACCAUGGAUUGUAAUUUUAGUAUUAAUUCAUUGCUAUUCUGUACUUAGUAUUAGUUUGAUAUUUGCGAAAGGGAAUGGGUGCUCGUGUGCUGGGAAAUGAAUGGUUGCCAUGCUGGGGCACCUCGACCAGCCCCCAGUACAAGCAUCAACACAGAUGUGCAUUUUACACAUUGAAGCUGUCAAUUGAAGAGGGCUUGAAAUGGGGAGGUGGCACCCAAUUGCCGAGGUGGUCCUUUUUGCUGCUAAAGUUUUAAGCCUUUUUGAGAAUAAAGCUGACAUUUUAAAA